AUGCCUCCUCUAAAAUUCAUGAGUUUUCCAUCUCUGGUCCAAGAAAACGUUCUAAAACAUAUGGAGUUUGUCGAGGUUUUUAUGAUGUCUUUGUGUUCGAAACGAACCAAAAAUUGUGCGGUUCGUGCAAGAAUCGAAAUUCCACAAGUCUAUUUCACAGUAAAAGAAACGGAGCAAAAGAUAGGAAUUAGACUAGGAGAAGGGAAAGAGGUAACCAAAACAAUUAUUAGAGUAUUGGAAUAUUUAGAAGAACGGAUUAAAUCUGCUGAUAAAGUUAAAUACGGAGAUUUUGAGAGUGUUUGUGCAGCUAUCAAACCUUACAAAGGAGCCUGUGUGAUACAAAUCAAACAGACUGAAGAAACAUUCAUGGCGGGAUUGUACCACUAUUUCAAAGCAUUGUUCCGUUUAACAGAACCAAGUUAUCUGGUAAUGAAUGUUAACAGACUUUCCGAGAGAAUGUUGUUCGUUGAAGAUGUGAACAAAGCUUACAUCACCGGGCAAACACUGGAAGUCAAGAAUUUGGAAUUGUUUCUGACUAAGCAUCCGAAUCUGGAAGUUUUAAAGAUUGAGUCAUCAAUCAAUGGAGAAUUAGACGAUAUUUCAAGAAUACUCAGCGUUAAAAAUCUUCGUUUAUCGAAUGCUGGACACUUUGGAAUGCGCGUGCUCUCAAAUUUUACUGGCCGAAACAUAUGUUUAUUUGAGUCUGUUCUCGUGGAGACGGAACUUAAUGCAAUCAUCAAAAAAUGGAUAAACGGUGAAGAAUUUCAAAAUUUGGAGGCAGUUCUUGCUCAAAAUAUAAGACCUACUUUGAAAGAUUCAAUCCAGCAAAUCGACCACAAUACUUUCAAUUUGAUAAAAAACUAUUCGGACAUCGUUGCAAACCUUACAGUUUUAGUGGUUCAUUCUGUUAUGAUGUCAUCAGAAAAAGUGAUGGAAAGAGAGCUUCGGUUUUAG